AUGGCUGACCACCAAAAUCACAUGGGAUGAUGGUGGGCCCAUGCUUUGCGCGUGAUGUAGCCCAAAUCAAUGGAAGUGGACCCCAAACUCCAUUUUGGUUCAUUCACAUGCUAAAUCCUUUCAACUGUUUAGAUCUGACUUACACACGGAAUUGCCCAACUAGUUUUGUCAUGAGACUAUUAGGGAGUGUGGUUACGUUACUUGUUAGUAAUUGAGGAACAUAGAGCGGAGCUAUGCACCUUUUCCAGAGUAUAUUCUGUCGUGUUGUGUUUAUUUAGUGAUAUGAAAAUGUCUGAAUACUUCCCAUUCCUUGGAUUGGAUAAAGAUGCAUGAUCCAUAUCAAAUAUCAAAGAGAUUUUAGGAUGUCUUGCUCUCACUAAAGGACAUGUCAGCACCUUACAUGGCAGAUGGCGUAUUAUUGAAUCAACAGGCUCAAUACAAAAUGUUAAAUAUGUACUGUAAAAGAAAAGUAAAAAACUGACUAUCUAAGAAACCUCUCUGCUUCUCUUGCUACAGCCUUGUUUCUGUUGUUUUGUCAAACAAAAAAAAAACUCAUAUCUUCGCCAAACAUUUCAUUGUUCCCAUCGGAUUUUCUCUGUCCCUGUAAAUAGCAAGAAGACAAUAGCAACAUCCAUGGCUUCCAACAAAUUUGCAACGUUUUUGCAUAAAAACACCAGCAAAAUCACUGUCAUCCUAGUCUAUGCACUACUUGAAUGGACCCUUAUCAUUCUCCUUCUACUCAACUCCUUGUUCACUUACUUGAUCACAAAGUUUGCCAACUAUUUUGGCCUUAAACCACCUUGUCCCUGGUGCACUAGAGUUGAUCAUGUCUUAGAGCCUGGCAACGACGCAAACUGUCAUAGGGAUCUUGUUUGUGACAAACAUGCCACUGAGAUUUCCAAAUUGAGUUACUGCUCACGUCAUGGAAAACUAGCAGAAUCACAUCUUAUGUGUGAGGAAUGCUUGGCUUCUCGGCCAACUCCUAGUGAUAAUAAAUCCAUUGGAAUGACGAGGAUUGCUUUCAUUUCAUGGGUGAGUACUGAUCACAAACUUGAUGAUGGUGAAAUUGUUCUUCCUUGUUCUUGCUGCAAGGGGAGCUUUGGCAGCAAACUUCAUCCUCCUUAUUUCUUGUUCAAACCUACUUGGGGUGCUUUGGAUUAUGCACAGAAAGGAAGUUUGAUCAUAGAAGCAAUAGAAGCGGGUGGCAGUGAAAGUGACCAGUACAAAGAGCCAAGCAAACCUGAUAGCCAAGAAAGUCAAGAAGGCGAGGAUAUGAUUGAGAUCAAACUGAACACCGAGGAAGAUUACAACGAAAACAGUGAAGAAGCUACAGCUGAUCAGCAUAUGCUUUCCGAUGUUGAAAGUUUUGGGUUCGGAGAAGCACCUGAAGAGGAGUGUUCAGGGUCUGAAUUAAAGUUGCAAGAUACCUGCCACGAAAAAGAUGUACAUGAAGAUGAGAAACCGGGAACCAUGAACGUUAUGGAGCAGCAUUUCAGUGCUCCAAGUGAAAUUCAUCAAUCUUCACAUGACAAUAUUGUUGAACCUUAUUUUGCAGAAGAUGAUCUGCUAGAGUUCAUCAAUCUGCAUCCUCAGAAAUGUGUUUCUGACCGCUUAUUUUCUGUUGAGUUAAUUGAUCUAUCAACAUCUGCAAACCACUGUUCGGAAAAGCAAGAUCUGGGGAAGGAAGUUAAUGAAAAUGAAACUAGCGAUUCUCCGAUUGAAGAGACAGCAUUACAUGCUAUUGAUGAGGGUGCAGAGGAUACCUGUCCAAGAAAAGUUGAAAGUCCGGAGCUAGGUGAUAGUGACAUUGAGAAUCCAUCCAUUAUAGAUGCUGAUAAAGGAAAAGAAGAUUUGGUUGAUGAGGCAUUUGAACAGGUUGUUACUCUGCAUGGAGCUAUAGAUGGCAACAAGACAGAAGCAUCAUCCAGCAAAGAGCCAGAUAAUCCUCCAGCUCAGCACCAAGAGAAGACUGAUCUUAAUCUGUUGGUUGAGCAACCAAAACCUGAGACAUUGUUAAGAACUCAAGAGUCGGAUCUGCCUCAAAUUGAAGAAUCAGUCCCUUCUUUGCGAAGCUUUCAGGAAGAUAGUUCUUCCACCAAAAACAGUGAAGCUAAAGAGGUUAAUGCUCCUGAAUCAGACAGCACUAAUAAUGUUGGUGCAAACCAGAAUGAGAAGAGCACAAUGGAGAAUAAAAUGAUUUCAAGUGAUGAGAAUCAGGAAGGGAUAAACACAGCUUUAUCCAUACAUUUGGAUCCUAAUGAAGCAGAGGAGGAAAAAUUUCCUGACACUCCAACUUCACUUGAAGGUAUGCAUUACUUGCAUAAGAAAUUGCUACUCUUUGAAAAAAGGGAAUCGGUUCACGAGGAGUCUUUAGAUGGGAGUGUAGUAAGUGAGAUAGAAAGUGGUGAUCCAAUUCAAACCAUUGAGAGGCUGAAAACAUCCCUAAAAGCUGAAAGAAAGGCAUUAAGUGCUUUAUAUGCAGAACUUGAGGAAGAGAGGAGUGCCUCUGCAAUUGCUGCUAAUCAAACAAUGGCUAUGAUAACCCGGCUUCAAGAGGAGAAGGCAGCAAUGCAGAUGGAAGCAUUACAAUACCAGAGGAUGAUGGAAGAACAAUCCGAAUAUGACCAGGAAGCCCUACAACUUUUAAAUGAGCUUAUGAUCAAAAGAGAGAAGGAAAAAGAAGAACUGGAGAAAGAAUUAGAAGUUUAUCGCAAGAAGGUUUUGGACUACGAGGCAAAAGAAAAUAUGAGAAUAAUGAGGAGAAGCAAAGAUGGAAGUGUGCAAAGUAGGAAAUCUUCUGCUGCCUGCAGCUAUGUGGAGGAUAGUGACGAGCUAUCAAUUGACCUUAAUCGUGAAGCAAAGGAUGAAGAUAGCAGCUUCUGUGGUCAUCAAGAAAGCAGUAGUGAGAAUACUCCUGCUGAUGCAGUUCUUAAUUUGGAGGAAAUGGCACUAGAUUGUGUAAACCAUAUGAGUGCCCUUGAUGAAUCAUUGACAGAAUUUGAGGAAGAGAGACUGUCCAUCCUAGAUCAGCUUAAGGCAUUGGAAGAUAAGUUACUAACUAUGGGGGAUGAUCAAUUCAUGGAAGACUUGAAAUCGAUUCAGCAUUCCCUUAAUGGGUUUGAUGAGAAUAAUAUUCUGAGCAGUAAAGAAGACAAUGGGGUUUCAAGUGGAUUUUCAAACGAUACAACUUCUCCGGAGGGCAAAACAAUGGCUUCCAUGGCAAAGAGUCUCCUUCCUUUCCUGGAUGCAACAGAUAAUGAAACAGAAGAAGUAUUGAUGUGCCAAAAACAAGGAGAAUGUGAACCAGUUGAAAUGCAGAAGUAUCCAGGUUCAAAUUUUGGCUUGGAUAGCAAGAAAUAUGAAAUUGUAGAAGAGGUGGAUCAUGCUUAUGAGAGGCUACAAGCUCUUGAAGAAGACAAGGAGUUUCUAAAGAAUUGCAUGGGCUCCAUAAAGAAAGGAGACAAAGGGAUGGAUCUUUUCCAAGCAAUCUUGCAACAUCUCCGAGAUCUGAGGGCUGUGGAACUCCGAACAAGAAAUAUGAGCGAUGAUCCACAACGGUGAUUUUAGGUUGCCAUAUACAAAUGGAAUCACCUGAAUGCAUUUCCAAGAGUCGGCAGGAGUACUCUGCAGAUUCAAGUGGUCGAACACUUCAUUUCGUGUUGAGCAUAUCGGACUAGAAGCUCCUGGACUCCAAUUUUUUCCCUGCAAAGAUGGGAAUAUCUUCAGAUGGAUGGGGAGGUUCCUUAUCUGGCUUUCUUGAAUUGGUGCGUGGCAGGCAGACUUAAAAACUAAAGUCUACCCCUCACUACUUGAGUUUUCUUUUGGGCUUUACAAGAAUGAUGUAAAGCCCCAAAUUUUGCAGGAUCUCCUCCUCAACUGCCUUAUUACAAGAAAAGGUAGAAGAGGAAGGAGAGCGUACUGUCUACCUGGUUUGGUCAUGUAGGGUAAGUCAGUUGAGAACCUAGUAACUUGUUUUCCUUUUUCUUUUCAUCCGUAAUACUAGUUUUCUCCUUUACUCUUUCCUCCAUAAGGUUUGGAGGAAGGAAUUGAAAGGAUAGAGAAGGAGGCUUUAUCCUUUUUUUUUUUUUCUUUUCUCCUACUGUUUGCACCAAGUAAUGUUAUACAUAUUAUGAGGUUUUUGGAAUACAAACUUGAUCCAUGUGCUGUUAACUUGUAUAGUUGUGUGAGGAGUUGUCACUGAUGUUCUUCUUUC